AUGGGUGAGGUGAAGAACGCAGAAAUAAAAUGUGUUGAGGGGAGCCUCAACCAGAGGAAGCCUCAACCAGAGGGAGACUCAACCAGAGGGAGCCUCGGGAGCCUCAACCAGAGGGAGCCUCAGCCAGAGGGAGCCUCAAUCAGCGGGAGCCUCAGCCAGAGGGAGCCUCAACCAGAGGGAGCCUCAACCAGAGGAAGCCUCAACCAGAGGAAGCCUCAACCAGAGGGAGCCUCGGGAGCCUCAACCAGAGGGAGCCUCAACCAGAGGGAGCCUCAACCAGAGGGAGCCUCAACCAGAGGGAGCCUCGGGAGCCUCAACCAGAGGGAGCCUCAACCAGAGGGAGCCUCAGCCAGAAGAAGUCUCAAUCAGAGGGAGCCUCAACCAGAGGGAGACUCAACCAGAGGGAGCCUCAACCAGAGGGAGCCUCAACCAGAGGAAGCCUCAACCUAG